AUGGAGCUGUCGAUGUUCAAUGUGAGUCACGGCUUCACGGAGGCCGUGGCCAGAGGUUUGCGCAGCGGCUUCCUGGGUGUGGAAGAUUACCGACGCCUUGGCACCUGCGACACCUUGGAAGAUAUGCGAAGUGCCUUGGAAGAGACCGACUAUGGCACCUUCCUUCAGGAUGAGCCUUCGCCCUUGCUGGUGUCCACCAUUUCAAAGAAAUGCUAUGAGAAGCUGGCGGAUGAGUUUAGGUACUUGAAGGCACAAACCGUGGAACCUUUGACCACUUUCAUGGACUUCAUCGCGCGGGAAAAGAUGAUCGAUAAUGUCUGCAUGAUCAUCCAAGGCGCUUUGAACAACAAGGCACCCAAGGAAUUAGAGGAAAAGAUUCAUCCUUUGGGCGUCUUUGAAGGUAUGAAGGUCAUCAUGUCUGAGAGCUUCGAUGUGCAGGGUGGCUUUGAUGAUGUCUACCGGAUCUUCUUGGUGGAUACGCCCAUUGGUGCCUACUUCGAAGAGUAUCUCAAGGAGGCGGAUCGAGACAAGGAUGACAUGGCCCGCGCAGGGAUCGAAACGUCUCAGGUGGGUGGCAUCUUGACCAAACAGGACUUGGAGAUCAUGAAGACCAGCUUAAAGAAGGCUUGGCUGGAGGACUUCUAUGCCUUCGUGGAGAGCCAGGGAGGGACAACUUCCGAGGUCAUGGGACAUAUUCUCAAGAUGGAGGCGGAUUUCAGGGUGCUGCUGGUCACCAUGAACGCCUUGAAUACCAACCUUAGUACCGAGUCUUCCCUGCAGGAUCGCAAUGCUCUGUAUCCGAACUUCGGGUAUUUGUAUCCCGAAGGCACCAAGGAACUGCGUAAGGUCUUCAAUGACACCACGGUGCGCGCAGCGCUGGAACCAUACUCCAAAUAUUUGCAGCUCUUUGAUCAGGUGAAGGACUUUUACGAUGCCGAGAGCGGUGGAAGGGUUGGGCAGACCUCCUUCCAAUCCAUUGAGGACUUGAUCUAUGCAGAGAAUGUUCACAUGUACGAGAUGGCCUUCGAGCAGCAGUAUCACUUUGGCAUUUUCUAUGCAUGGGUCAAGCUGCGAGAGCAGGAGAUCAGAAACAUUAGGUGGAUUGCGAACAUGGUUGUCCUGAACACGAAGGAUCACAUUGAUGAUACCAUUGUUCCCAUCUUCCAGCCUCGUAUGUAG